UCCUGUUUUUAUACACAAAGGGUAAAGCGAUGGACCAGGUCUCGCAAACAAUGGUGAAGGGCAUCAAGGUUUACACGCCUGGCGGCCCAGAGGUACUAAAAUAUGAAGAACUGGACGUGGGAGAGCCUGGCGAGGGCCAAGUUAAGAUCCGAAUUAAAGCUGUUGGUCUCAACUUCAUCGAUGUUUACUUUCGAAAGGGGGCCUACGGCGCCAAAAUGCCAUAUGUUCCUGGCUUCGAGUCCGCAGGCGAGGUCAUUGCAAUCGGUCCAGGCGUGACAGACGCCAAAGUGGGAGACAAAGUUGGAUGCAUGGGAGCUUUCGGUGCCUACGCUGAAGAACAGAUUGUUCCAGCGCGUGCGUUAGUUCCUAUUCCUGAAAGUGUGGACUUCAUCAAAGCGGGAGCGAUACUGCUCAAAGGAAUGACCGCACAAAUGCUGCUUCGAAAAACCUUCAAGGUAGGACCCGAGCACACGAUUCUAGUUCACGCCGCUGCCGGUGGUGUUGGCUCGCUGCUCUGCCAGUGGGCUCGGUCGCUGGGUGCUCAAGUCAUUGGCUGCGUCUCAAACGAAGAAAAAGCUCGCCAGGCCACUGAGGAUGGAUGCCACCACGUAAUCAUUUACUCCAAGGAAGACUUUGGCAAGCGAGUCAUGGCCAUCACAAACAAUAGCGGCGUUCACGUUGUCUACGACUCGGUUGGCAGGGACACGUUCCAGGGAUCUCUCGAUUGCUUGGCUACUCGCGGUUACAUGAUAAGUUAUGGACAAUCCUCCGGCGCUCCAGAUCCUUUCACAAUGUCCAUACUCGCUCCAAAGUCGCUCUUCCUCACCAGGCCAUCGCUGAUCCAGUAUACCACCAACAGGGACGAGCUACUGGAGAUUGCCAAUGAUCUCUUCCACAACGUCGAGGCCGGAGUUCUCAAAGUCCGCGUGAACCAGACUUACCCUCUCUCGGACGCAGCAAAGGCUCACGAUGAUAUCGAGAAUCGAAGAACAACUGGCUCUACUGUCCUUAUACCAUAGAUAGUUUACAGCUCGAGAAAAGCUUGCGAUACCUCUUAAGCUUUGAGAUAAAGCUCUAUGUUUUCGA